GUCUAAAACAAAUAUGUCGGAUACAAUAUACCCGAAACCAACAACCACUCCAGCGGUGUAUAUUUAAAUGACAUUUGUGACCGACCGACUACUCGAAUACACAGCUAUACUGAUAUGCUUGUUUGUAAAAGUUUCGUCAACACAACCUAUUGUAUUACCUCGCACUUUGAAACAAAGCUAGUCUUGAAUUAAGUUCGGUCCUAUGGCUCAGAUUACUUUACCCUAAGCAGCUUUAGUUUUUUAAAAUAUAAUUAAUUUAUAAAGUUACCGUAGAACAUAGGAACGGGCAAGAUAGGACAUGGAGAAGGGUAAGAUAGGACAUGUUAUCCUUCGCCUUUCCCAUUUGCUUAUAAGCAAAGAAUAUUUACAAAAGUAUUUAACUGUAGCCCCGUAACUGUUGAAAGCGUUGUUCACUGUUCAAAACACGAUUAGCAAAUAUUGGGUUUAUAUGCAAACGGUAUCCCAUCUUACCCCACAGUACUUACAACUUAUUAUAGAAUAUAAUAUUCCGAUUAAUCAGUAAAGGUGAGGAGGCUUAAGUGACGUCAUGAAUGUAAAUAUAAUAAGACAACCCGAUGGUUCAAGUCAAGACCUUCUGCGAACAAAUUAUUUCUGCCAGAUUAAUUCAUCUGAAAAGGAUCUGGAUGUUGUUCUGGAAAUGGAAGCUACUGGAUGGAAGAGGAAGGCGGUCUGUAAAAGAUACGUAUUGGUGAUAGAUGUCAGUGGUAGCAUGGACUCUGUUGCGGGUGGUCAAACUUUAAUGCAAAGAAUGAAGACAUUUGCAAGGCUGUUUAUAAACAAGGCAGCGACUUAUUCAUGGCUCGGUAUCGUUGCCUUUUCCAAUGAUGCCCACGUAGUGUUACGACUCACACAAAUGAACAAGCAAGGCAAGGAAAAAGCCACGCGAGCCGUGCAAACUCUUAGAACCGAAGGUCUAACAAAUAUCAGUGCUGGCUUGUUCUUGGCAUUGGACCUAAUAAAAGACCGAAGUCAUUCUCGUGAUUCGAUCAUUCUUUUCACGGACGGAGCAGCCAACUGUGGGAUUACCGAAGCAGGCCCGUUGAUCACGGAAUAUCGAGAGAAAUCACAAGAAGGCGGACAAUCUUGCGUUCCACUCUCAGCCAUUACUGUUGAAGGAUAUCUGCCUGGUUUACUGUACGAGAUUUCUUAUCAUCUUGGAAGUGACGCGUUUUACUGGGUGAAUGUACAAACAGACUUUGAGGCAGACAUGAUGAUCCCACAAAUAAUAAGAGAGGCGACGUUUAUAACUGACAUUACAGUGGUGGCGACUGCGCUUAGGAAAGUUGAAAUAAAACUUGAUACCGGCAAUCAGGUGACAACAACCACGUUUAUCCAUUCACUUCCAAACCGCAUUAAGAAAAACCUUUUGUUUCGGUUGCAGUUACCAGAAGAUUACAAGAAAUUGGAUGGGAACAUCAUCUUGAGUCUGGACAUCAGCUUUAUAGAUGGAAAACUUUCGCCAAGAAGUUUCACCGAUUCUGUCCAACUAUGUGUUAAAUCCAUGCAAGAAGCAGCCAUAGAAUACGGAGUUUCAGAACACGAGCCGGAGGAACUGCAGAAAUAUCGAGAAUCGAUGAUUGCUUACGUUAGCAGCAAAAACGAGGUUGAUGCAUCAUGGGUGUCAAUCCGUGAAAGUAUCUCAAAGGUAUUCGAAGAACGGUGCAAAAAAGAGGUGGCUAAAUGCUUCAACGGCAUCAGGAUAAACUACAUAGAGAAUGGGGACAAAGCUAGCGCUGUAGAGGAGUUGUUAACAUCACAAAGAUUCAUUGAAAGAAUGAUGGAUAACUCUACUCGUUGCCUUGAUGAAAAUGACAUAUACAGAGAACAGUUAACGGACAAAUCCAACGUUUACCUGAAACACCUUCAACACGCUCAAAUGACUAUCGAAAACGCCCAUGAUCAAAGUUUUAAUACGAAAUUAUGGGGAGCAUUCGCCGCAAUGGGGUCGUCAUUUGAGAAAGAAAUGCCAACUGCAAAUGGAGUUUUUAGCUCGGACUUGAAACAACCAUUUAUGCAUCCGAUAAUUGAAAACAAGCUUGGGAAUGUACGCAGGACACUAAAAGGAAAACGACAAAGAAAGAUUCCAUUCCUCAAGGGUUACAAUGUAAUAAUCUCUGAAAAAUUAAAAGGAAAGAAAGUGGGUGAAGAUCAAUUGCAGUUGGCAAGCUUUAUCUCAAACUUAGGUGCAAGACCAGUGUCCAGCGCUACAACAUUUCGAUCCUACGGCCCUCAAAAUGCCAACGUGUUAAUGGUUUGUAGUCAAUCCGAUUUCGAACGCCAAUCGCAGCUGUUUUUGGACGCUAUAAAGAAUAAGGUAACAAAUAAAACGAGCAGGUUGAUAACUUAUGUCUGCACAGGUUAUUACAGUACUACAGCCACAUAUAGCAGAAUAGGGGAAGAUGGGACACCUUUUCGUUUUUUUUUCUCGUCCCAUUUGGUACUAAACAAAGAAGUUUCAGUGAAUUAUAAAACCGUAUGCUCACGUCACGACUUCCAUAAAUUGUCGUUAAUUGUUUAAAACGCGAUCAGGAUAUUUGAAUAAUAAGUGCUAAGACGUUCUAUCCCCCCACCCUGCUAUAUAUCUUUGCAGGUUCCCGUUGUAUCUGAAAAGUACCUGCACGAUUGUGUUGCAGCUGAAAAGGCCUUAAAACGAAGAAAAUAUCUUUUGAAGUGUUAGUCGCUAAUUUUAAUAUAAAAUUUAGACCGGUUUACAUAAUUGUAAUAAAGUAGAGCAUGAAUUUUA